AUGCAGCAGGAGAUCACGGACCCCAACGGCAGUUUGAUGCUUAACAGAAGCGUGAACCACUCAUGGACCGAGCUGCAGGACCUGGACCGGACCGACCUGGUGGGCGAUGGCUCGGCCAUCCUGCGGAUCCUCAUCUCCACCAUCUACUCGGUGGUGUGCGCGCUGGGUUUGGUGGGCAACCUGCUGGUUCUGCACCUCAUGAAGUCGAAACACGCGUGGAAGAAAUCCUCCAUCAAUCUGUUCGUGACCGGGCUGGCCGUCACCGACUUCCAGUUCGUCCUGACCCUGCCGUUCUGGGCGGUGGAGAACGCCCUGGACUUCACGUGGCCGUUCGGCCGGGCCAUGUGCAAGAUCGUGUCGUACGUCACGGCGACCAGCAUGUACGCCAGCGUCUUCUUUUUGACAGCGAUGAGCGUUGCGAGGUACCGCUCGGUCGCCUCGGCGCUGAAGUCUAGCAGGCGGCGCAAACGUCCCUCGGCGAGGUGCACCACCGUCGUGUUGUGGGCGGCGGCCUUUGUGGCGGCGCUCCCGCAUGCCAUCUUCUCCACGACGGCCACCGUCUCGAACGAAGACCUCUGCUUGGUCAAGUUCCCGGACCGAAACGGCGACGCCCAGUUUUGGCUCGGACUCUACCACGCUCAGAAGGUUCUCCUGGGCUUCCUGGUGCCGUUCAUAAUAAUAUCAGUGUGCUAUCUCCUUCUGCUGAGGUUCGUGACCCACAAGCGUGCGAAUGCGUCCGGGGCGAGACGGCGCUCCAAGGUGACCAAAUCGGUGACCAUCGUGGUGCUGAGCUUCUUCCUGUGCUGGCUGCCCAAUCAGGCGCUGACCACGUGGGGCAUCCUGAUCAAGCUCAACGCCGUGCACUUCAGCUACGAAUACUACGCCGCGCAGGUCUACGUGUUCCCGGUCACCGUGUGCCUGGCGCACUCCAACAGCUGCCUCAACCCGCUCCUGUACUGCCUCAUGAGGCGGGAGUUCAGGAAGGCGCUCAAGGAGCUCUUCUGGCAGAUCGCGUCCCCGUCUCUGACCCACACGAGACCCUUCACAGCGUCCACAAAGCCUGAGCACGACAAACAGGUACGCUCGGUCAUCCCGCUCAGCACACCUGAACCCGGAAUCGUGUUCUACCCACCGGGAGCCGUGGUCUAUAACGGCAGAAACGACUUUCUGCCCAACAGCACCUAG